AUGGGCUCAACAAUCAAUUCCCUCGUUCUAGAGCCGGCUACUGCGGAAGAUGUCCCUGCCAUCACGGAGCUAUGGUUUGCUGCCUUCACACAGCCCGUGAUCGGCCACUUGUUCCCAAAUACCCCGGGUAUGCACCAAUGGCACCGGGACUGGCACCUGGGUGACAUUCAGACAAAGCCUUUCCAAAAGUACCUACGAGUAGUUGAUACGGAAUCGAGGGAUGAGCAAGGCCGGCCGCGACUAGUUGCCUUUGGUAAAUGGGACCUGGCCAUGCCCGACGAGCGAGGCCGUCGGUUCCCGCAUUGGCAUGCGGAUUCACCUUACCAAGAAUGCGAGGACUUUAUCGAUGAGCUUGAGAAGGCAAGGAAGCGUGUUAUGGGUGAUGAGAAGCAUUACUAUCUGGACACCCUCGGCACUCAUCCCGAUUACCAACGACGCGGAGCCGGUUCUAUGAUUGUGAAAUGGGGUUGCGAUCUGGCUGAUAAAGACGGCAUUUCAGCAUAUGUAGACGCCAGUAAGGAGGGCGCAGGACUAUACAAGAAACACGGCUUCGUGGAUUAUAAUCCACCUGGCAAUGACGUGGCUGCGAUGGCUCGCUUUCAAAAGGUCCAAUGA